AUGAAUAGAGUUUCCAUCAAAAUCCUUAAAAACUCAAAAACCUUUGCAUCUUAUGCACAAAACCACGCAAUUUCUUCUUCUUCUUCUUCUUCUUCUCUUCAAACAAUACCAAUCUCUAACUCCAAAUCUCUCUCAAACCCACUUUACAAUUUCCUCCCUGAAAAUCAAAACCCCAACAAUAUUGUCAAUCUCAUUUACUCUUCUCUGAAGCAAGACCACACUCUUCUUCUGCAAAAUGAUGACAUAAAGGGUCUUAUUCCUCAUCUGGGUGACCAUGAAAUCUAUAGGGUUUUAUUGAGAUGCCAGUCUGAUUCUGUUUCAGCUCUCACUUUCUUUAACUGGGUAAAAAAUGAUCUGGGUCUUAAACCCUCUACUCUUAACUACUGUCUCAUUCUUCAUGUAUUAGCUUCGUCUAAAGAAUUCCAACAAGCUAUGAAACUUUUAACUGAAUUGAUUCUGUUGGUUAAAGAGACUGAUCAAGAUGUGUUUCAAUGUUUGGUUUCGUGUUGUCAAGACUGUAAUCGGGACCCUGUCAUUUUUGAUAUGCUACUUAAGGCUUAUGUCAAAGUGGGUAUGAUUAAAGAAGGUUUUAGGACUUUUAUGAAGAUUUUAGAGGUUGGCUAUGUUCCUAGUGUGAUUGCUUGCAAUUAUCUUCUAAAUGGGUUAUUAAAGUUGAAUCAAGUCCAUCUUUGCUGGCAUGUUUAUGAUGAGAUGGGAAGAGUUGGGGUUCAUCCGAAUUCUUAUACAUUUAAUAUUCUGACUCAUGUAUUUUGCAAGGAUGGAGAUAUCACUAAGGUGAAUGAUUUUCUUGAGAAGAUGGAGGAAGAAGGAUUUGAGCCGGAUAUAGUGACAUAUAAUACACUGAUUAAUAGCUACUGUAGAAGAGGAAGAUUGGGUGAUGCAUUUUAUUUGUACAGGAUAAUGUAUAGAAGGAGUGUCUUGCCGGAUUUGGUUUCUUAUACUGCAUUAAUGAAUGGCCUUUGUAAAGAAGGAAGGCUGAGAGAGGCUCACCAGCUCUUCCAUAGAAUGGUUCACAGAGGGUUGAAUCCCGAUGUUGUUUCAUAUAAUACUCUUAUUUGUGGCUAUUGCAAGGUAGGAAAGAUGCUAGAGUCUAAGUCUCUGUUGUAUGAGAUGAUAGGAAAUGGGAUUUGUCCCGAUAGUUUUACUUGUCACGUUCUCAUUCAAGGAUAUGGGAAAGAGGGUAGGUUAAUUUCCGCUUUGAAUUUGGUUGUGGAGCUUGAGAAAUUUGGUGUUUCAGUCUCUCCAGAAAUUUAUGAUUAUCUAAUAGUUUCUUUAUGCGAAGAGGAUCGACCGUUCGCAGCAAAGACUCUUCUGGAAAGAAUGUCUCAGCGUGGUAAUAUACCUCACGUGGAAAUCUAUAAUAAACUCAUCGAGUCUCUCUGCAAAAGUGAUUGUGUAGCAGAUGCAUUACCUCUAAAAACUGAGAUUGUUCUUAGGAAUAUGAACCCUAAUUUUCUUAUCUACAAAGCCCUCAUCUGCUGCUUGUGUAGGAUGGGCAGAAGCAUAGAGGCUGAAAAGUUGAUGGAAGAAAUGAUUCAUUCUGGUCUGCAACCUGAUCCAGAAAUAUGCAGAGUGAUGAUACAUGGUUACUGUGGUAAAAGGGAUGCUAGUAAAGCGGAAUCAUUAUUGGUAUUCUUUGCCAAGGAAUUUCAAAUUUUUGAUAGUGAAAGUUAUAAUACACUCGUCAGCAUUGUUUCUGAAGAUGGUGAUGUGGCCAAGUUCAUGGAGCUGCAAGAUCGGAUGCUGAAAGUUGGAUUUGCACCAAAUAUACUUACUUGCAAACACAUGAUUCAUGGCCUAUGGAAAAAUCUGGGACUGGUCGAAGAAACUCUUCUUCUUGAAUGA